UUUCUGUCUCCCUCUCAUUCUUCACUAGUUCCGUCCUUCUGGGGUCUGGUCAACUCGGCCUGGAACUUGUGUGCCAUCGGGAAGAGACAGUCCCCCAUUGACAUCGAAACCACUCACAUGAUCUUUGACCCUCACCUGACCCCUCUGAGGCUGAACACAGGAGGACGGAAGAUGUAUGGCACCAUGUACAACACAGGAAAGCAUGUGUCAUUGCGGCCAGACAAAACACAUCUGGUGAACAUCUCUGGGGGCCCCCUGGGUUACAGCUACCGACUGGAGGAGGUCCGCCUACACUUUGGGAGUGAAGACGCUCUUGGUUCUGAGCAUCUCCUAAACGGACAAGGAUUUCCUGGAGAGGUGAGAUGUAAAACCUGAGCUCUGCUUUUGUAUCAUAA